AUGGUAGGUCAAGACGUAGUCAAAACUCAAUUUUAACACUUCUUUUUUCUAUUUAGGCGCACAAUUUCACUGUUCAACAGCUAAAAGGUAAAGAAUAAGAUAAUCCUUAAAAAUUAUCUUCAGAAAUCCGCCAAUGUUUUGACUUUUAUGUAACCAAAGGCUUCAUCGACAACCACAGUCAACUUCGCUAUGUGAUGCGAUCAUUGGGCCAUGUCCCGACCGUCCCGGAGACAAUAAAGUAUCUGAAAGACAAAGGUAACACAAAAUUUGAAAUGCUAAUAUUGCUCAAAUUUCUAGGCCCAAAAAUUGACUUCCCCAAGUUCCUCGAGAUCCUAAACUUGGAGAAGAACCGUCCGGUUGACCCGAUUUGGGAGUGUGCACAAUGUUUUAAAGCUUUGGAUACUAGAAAGACCGGAUUUCUGAGCCGAUCUGAAUUCUUUUCUCUACUGACUCGAUUCGGAGAAAAGAUGGACCCCAUCGAGGUGGAGAUGUCCCUUCAACGCAUGGGAAUGUGUGGCUACGGACUGAAGAUCCCCAUUGAGCAACUAAUCCAUCAUAUCUCCGGCCCAGCCCCAUUACCUUAA